AUGUGGAUUUUGGUGGAGUAUUAUCAAAAUGAAAUUUGUAAAAUAAGAGAUAGUAUAAAAGCUCUGGAUGUUUCUAUCAAAAAGUAUUCAAGUUUUCAAAAUUUCAUUGAACUGUAUAAUGGUGUGGAGGCAAAGGCUGAUCGUCACAAGGCAACCAUUAUUUCGAGAAAACAGUCUAAGUUGAGAAGGGACAUUGUUUCUUAUCACACUAACCAAGCAUAUAUUGUGUCUGGUAGUUCUGUCUUGACAAACACGGACACAAAGAGAAAUAAGGAUAAUGAAGUUCAGGACAAAAUAGUUGAACCAGGGAGAUUAACUAAUGGAGAAGCUGUAUCAAGAAGUACUGGAAGCAAAGAAAUUGCUUCAGUUGUUGUUACAGAUAGUGUGGAUAAAGCUUUAUUAGCUGGAGAUUUAAAUAACAUCUUGGAGUGCAAAGAGGCACUUUGGCAAUUGGUGCUUGGGGCAGAUGAAACACCGGGACUAAAUGAAGUUAUUAAUUUAAAGUGUUUUCUGUUAGCAAAAAUAUAUGGCAACACCUACAGCAUAUUUCUGGGAAGUAAAUUAAUAGUUGUGUUGAAUUGCUUUCAGAGCGUGAAAGAAGCUUUGGUUAACCAUGCAGCUGAAUUUUCAGACAGACCAGAAGAUCCCGUGUUCCUAAAACUUAAUAAGAAUAAAGGUAUUAUCACAGUUCCUUAUGGACAGCAAUGGAAAGAACAGCGAAGAUUUGUUUUAAUGUUACUAAGAAAUUUUGGUCUUGGUACAAAGACAAUGGAAAACAUGAUCAUAGAGGAAGCAAAGUAUUUAGUUAAAUAUUUUGAAGACAAGAAUGGUUGUCAGUUUGAUCCAAAGAUGGUACUCAAUACCACUGCGUCCAAUAUCAUCUGCUCCAUUUUAUUUUCACAAAGGUUCAACUACUGCGACAAUACAUUUAGCAAGAAACUUGAGCUCCUUGGUGAAGUUUCAGAUCUGAUUGGUGGAUUUUGGGGAGAGCUUUACAAUGCAGUACCUGUUCUAAGAUGUCUUCCUCUUCCUUUUCAAAACAUUUUCAGAAACAUUUGUGAUAUCAACUUUUUUCUGCAGAACAUUAUAGAGGAACAUAAAAAGAGUUUAAUACCGGGAGAACCCAGAGACUUCCUGGACUGUUAUUUAGAAGAAAUUAAUAAAAGAAAAAAUGAUGGCUCCUCCUUUGAUAAUGAAACUCUACUUACAGUGAUGACAGAGCUAUUUGGAGCAGGUACUGACACCACAACUCAUACUUUGAGAUGGGCAUUACUGCUAAUGAUGGCUUAUCCUAAUGUUCAAGAAAAGUGUUACAAGGAAAUUGAAUCUAUCACUAAUGGCAAGGAGUUUGUGUCUUAUGAUGACAGACUAAGGAUACCUUAUACACAGGCCGUUAUUCAUGAAGUCCAGCGUUUUCGAAAUGUAAUUCCUCUUGGUGUUCCACAUGCUACAACAAAAAAAGUAUUGUUUAGAGGAUAUACAAUUCCUCAGGGUACCAGGGUGAUAACAAACCUGAAUUCUGCCCUUUGUGAUGAGACUCAGUGGAAGUUCCCUCAAGAAUUUAACCCUGACAACUUCCCCAAUGAUAGUGGAGAGUUUGUGAAGCCAGAAGCAUUUAUACCCUUUUCAGCAGGUCCAAGGAUUUGUUUAGGUGAGAACUUAGCUCGGAUGGAGAUUUUCCUCUUCUUUACAUCUUUACUAAAAACAUGUGAAGUCUUCUGGCCUGAAAAGUCCACAGCACCUAACCUCACAUCCACAUUCUCGAUAGUACAAUCACCGUAUCCCUUCAGAGUGGGGCUGAAAAGCAGAAAGACCUGUUAAUAGAGAAAGGAAAUGAAUCACACUGUUAUACAAUUAGGUGAUUUCAAGCAAAACUGAAUGUUUUUUUCUUAUACUGUGAUUUAAGGAUUAAUAUAUCAUAAUAUAACUGUC